GAUCCUUAUUCCGUUAAUAUUCCGUCUUUUCUGCACCGUUUUUCGGGCUUCUCCGGGCGGUUUUAGAGCCGCGGAGCCGCAGCGGGUGUGCGUCCACCGGCCUGCCGCUGCAGCUACGGGUCGGUGUCGGACGGUCGGGUGUUCGUCCGGUUCUGGCUACGAAGCGACAACUGCAAAUCCGCGGCCGUAAUCUCCGGAUUUCAGCCUGAAACCGCGAACAGACGGCGGAGGGAUUUCUGAGAUUUCAGCCUCCGUCCUCCGCUGCUGGAGAUAAAUCCGGUAUUUUAUUACCGGACUGGAGGCUGUAGGCUGACCCUACGGACCGACACAAGGAGGGUCCUGGUCCUGGUCCUGGUCCUGGUCCUGGUCCUAGAAACCGUCAUCUUAUCUGCGGACCUGCAGGUUCGGUCAGAAAAAUGCAUUUAAAUAAUUAAAUUAAAAUAAUGACAUUAUUGUUUUCAUUUACAGAGUUUCAGUCAUUUACUUAUUUAUCUAUUGUAAAAUUUACUAAUUUCACAGAAACUUAAAAUUAACUUUAAAUCACAUUUCUGCCAUAAAGUAUAUUUUUACAGUAAUAAAAUUAAAAAACAUGUUUGUGUAAAACUACAAAGUAAAUUAGAAAUAAAUUUUAAAACUGCACCUAACUUUAUAAACAAAUACAAACUAAAACAUCUGAUAGUUUAUUGGGUUUAUGUUUUUAUCCGCUUCUAAAACUCUGUUUUUCUAAACUAAAAUUUAAAUGAAGAUCUGUAAAAUCACAAAUAUUACGUAUAUUUCUAAUCAUUAACAUUUAUUACUGAAGCUUUUUAAACCGUGCAGGAAUUUUCUAAAAGACUAGAAACUAAAAUAUUCAUCAGAUAUCGUCAUUAGAAGCUGUAAUAUUCAACAAAUCUACAAAAAGCUGCUUAUAUGACGACGAGGCCGAGUUAAAACUAAAUUCAUUCCCUUCCUGAGGCAGCUCCAUGAACUUCCUGCUCCUCAGCUAAUGUUAGCUAGCGGCGCUGAGGCUGUAGUCUGGAAUUAUGGGAAGUGUAGUCGGCUGCUGGCCUGUUAGAGGGACUACGGCGGCGGACUGAGCGGACUGUGAGCCGCCAUGUCGGAUAAAACGGCGCCGCGCUGCCAGCUGAGGCUGGAGUGGAUCCACGGCUACCGAGGACAUCAGUGCCGUAACAACCUGUUCUACACGGCCGGCAAGGAGCUGGUGUACUUUGUGGCCGGAGUGGGCGUGGUCUACAACACCCGGGAACAUACUCAGAAGUUUUACCUGGGACACAACGAUGACAUCAUCAGCCUGGCCAUCCAUCCAGAUAAGAUCCAGGUGGCGACGGGUCAGGUGGGUAAGGACCCGUUCAUCUGUAUCUGGGACACCUACGCCAUGCAGACGGUGUCCAUCCUGAGGGACGUCCACACCCACGGAGUCGCUUGUCUGGCCUUCGACUCUGACGGACAGCGACUGGCCUCGGUCGGCCUGGACGCCAAGAACACGCUGUGCGUUUGGGAUUGGAGGAGAGGACGAGUCCUCGCCACGGCGACCGGACACUCGGACAGAAUCUUUGACGUCUGCUGGGAUCCGUUCCAGGCCAGCCGGCUGGUCAGCUGUGGAGUCAAACACAUCAAGUUCUGGACUCUGUGUGGAAACGCUCUGACGCCAAAGAGAGGAAUCUUCGGGAAGACGGGCGACCUCCAGACCAUCCUGUGUGUUUCUGUGGCCAAAGAGGAGCUGACGUACUCCGGAGCUCUGAACGGAGAUGUCUACGUCUGGAAAGGAAUCACUCUGAUCAGGACUGUGCAGGCUGCUCAUGGGGCCGGGAUCUUCAGCAUGCACGCCUGCGAGGAAGGAUUCGCCACCGGAGGACGAGACGGCUGCAUCCGACUCUGGGACGUUGACUUCAAACCCAUCACCAAGAUCGACCUGAGAGAGGCCGAGCAGGGAUACAAAGGUCUGUCGAUCCGCAGCGUCUGCUGGAAGGCCGACCGUAUUCUGGCUGGGACUCAGGACAGCGAGAUCUUCGAGGUGAUGGUCCGGGACCGGGACAAACCGGUUCUGCUGAUGCAGGGUCACAGCGAGGGGGAGCUGUGGGCGCUGGACCUACACCCCAAACAGCCGGUCGCCGUUACCGGGAGCGACGACCGCUCCGUCAGGCUGUGGAGUCUACCUGACCACACCCUGCUGGCUCGCUGUAACAUGGAGGAGUCGGUCCGAAGUGUUUCCUUCAACAACGAUGGCUCUCAGCUGGCUCUGGGCAUGAAGGACGGUUCCUUCACAGUGCUGCGAGUCAGGGACAUGACGGAGGUCGUCCACAUCAAGGACAGGAAGGAGGUGAUCCACGAGCUGAAGUUCUCUCCGGACGGUUCCUACCUGGCAGUGGGAUCUAACGACGGGCUGGUGGAUGUCUACGCCGUGGCUCAGCGCUACAAGAAGGUGGGGGAGUGCAGUCGCUCUGCCUCCUUCAUCACUCACCUGGACUGGUCCGUCGACAGCCGCUUCCUGCAGACCAACGAUGGAGCCGGAGAAAGACUCUUCUACCGGAUGCCAGCGGGGAAACUGGUUCCCAAGGAGGAGGCGAAGGGGAUCCACUGGAUGACCUGGACAGGUGUUGUCGGGCCGGAGGUGAACGGCAUCUGGCCCAAAUACUCGACCGUCACCUCAGUAAACUCGGUGGACGCCAACUACAGCAGCGCCGUGCUGGUGACUGGAGACGACCUCGGCCUCGUCAAACUGUUCAGGUUCCCCUGCUUGAAGAAAGGAGCCAAAUUUAAGAAGUACAUCGGCCACUCCGCCCACGUGACCAACGUUCGCUGGUCCAAUGAUCUGCAGUGGGUCGUCAGCACCGGCGGCGCCGACCACGCUGUCUUCCAGUGGAGGUUCCUGCCUGAAGGAGUCAUGAACGGAGUCCUGGAACCGCUUCUCCAAGAGGGUUAUGCCGACUCCAACAGUGGCGAGUCGGACUCGGACGUGUCGGACGUCCCAGAGCUGGAUUCGGACAUCGAGCAGGAAGCUCAGACCAGCUACGAGCGCCAGGUGUACAAGGAGGACCUGCCGCAGCUCAGGAAGAAGUUGAUUGGCUCCCUGAAGCGGCAAAAAGCUCCCGAUGAAGGCCUCCGUCUGCAGUUUGUUCAUGGGUACCGGGGCUUCGACUGCCGUAACAACCUGUUCUACAGUCAGACAGGUGAGGUGGUGUACCACGUUGCCGCCGUCGCCGUCGUCUACAACCGGCUGCAGCACAGUCAGAGGUUUUACCUCGGCCACGACGACGACAUCCUCAGCCUCGCCGUCCAUCCACUCAAAGAUUACGUGGCCUCCGCUCAGGUGGGCAGAGACCCGGCCAUUCACGUCUGGGACAUGCAGACCCUGAAGUGUCUGUCGCUGCUCAAAGGACACCACAGCAGAGGGGUCUGUUCUCUGGAGUUUACAGCGGAUGGCAAGAAUUUGAUCUCGGUGGGAAUCGAUGAAUUUCACUCCAUCAUCAUCUGGGACUGGAAGAAAGGAGAGAGACUAGCCAAGGCCAGGGGUCAUAAGGAGAAGAUCUUCGUGGUGAAGAGUAACCCCUUCAGGAUGGACAAACUGGUGACUGUGGGGAUGAAACACAUCAAGUUCUGGCAGCACUCAGGGGGCGGUCUGACGUUCAAACGGGGGAUUUUCGGGAACCUGGGGAAGCAGGAGACGAUGAUGUCGGCGUGUUACGGCAGAUCGGAGGACCUGGUGUUCUCCGGUGCCACCAAUGGAGACGUUUACAUUUGGAGAGACACGACGCUCAUCAAGACCAUCAAGGCCCACGAUGGGCCGGUGUUCGCCAUGUGCUCCCUGGACAAGGGCUUCGUGACGGGGGGGAAGGACGGGAUCGUGGAGCUGUGGGACGACAUGUUCGAGAGAUGUCUGAAGACGUACGCCAUCAAAAGAGCCGCCCUGUCUCCGUCCUCUAAAGGUCUGCUGCUGGAGGACAACCCGUCCAUCAGAGCCAUCACUCUAGGACACGGCCACAUCCUGCUCGGAACCAAGAACGGAGAAAUCCUCGAGAUCGAUAAGAGUGGUCCGAUGACGCUGCUGGUUCAGGGUCACAUGGAGGGUGAGGUGUGGGGUUUGGCAGCUCACCCUCUGCUGCCCGUCUGCGCCACCGUCAGUGACGACAAAACUCUGAAGAUCUGGGAGCUGUCGGCCAAUCACCGCAUGGUCGCCGUCCGCAAGCUCAAGAAAGGUGGGCGGUGCUGCGCCUUCUCUCCAGAUGGUAAAGCUCUGGCAGUUGGUCUGAACGAUGGCAGCUUCUUAGUGGUUAACGCUGACACGCUGGAGGACAUGGUGACCUUCCACCACCGCAGAGAGCUCAUCUCAGACAUUCGCUUCUCCCAAGAUGCAGGGAAGUACCUGGCCGUGGCCUCACAUGACUCCUUUGUAGACAUCUACAACGUCCUGACCAGUAAGAGAGUCGGCAUCUGUAAAGGAGCUGGGAGCUGCAUCACCCACGUCGACUGGGACUCCAGAGGUAAACUGCUGCAGGUGAAUACUGGGGCUAAGGAGCAGCUGUUCUUUGAAGCUCCGCGGGGACGCAAACAGAACAUCAGCAUGGCGGAGUUUGAAAAGCUGGACUGGGCCAGCUGGACGUCUGUUCUGGGUCCGACCUGCGAAGGAAUAUGGCCGACACUCAGCUUCGUCAACGCCGCCUCGCUCACCAAAGAUCGCAAACUGCUCGCCACCGGAGACGACUUCGGCUUCCUAAAGCUGUUCAGCUUCCCGUCCAGGGGCCAGUUCGCCAAAUUUAAGAAGUAUGUGGGUCACAGCACCAAUGUGACCAAUGUCCGCUGGUCCAAUGACGACUCAAUGCUGCUGUCGGUGGGCGGAGCUGACACGGCGCUGAUGAUCUGGACCAGAGAAGCACCAGGCCACAAAGAAAGCAAAGCUGUGGACAGUGAGGAGUCAGACGACGACACCGAGGAGGAUGGAGGGUACGACAGUGACGUCGCUCGGGAGAAGGCGGUGGACUACGUCACCAAGAUCUAUUCAGCCAGCAUCAGGAACAUGUCAGGAACCAAACCUCACCAGCAGCACAAAGAGCUUCCUGUGGAGGAGAGGCCUCCUGUGAGCCGAGCUGCACCGCUGCCCGACAAACUACUGAAGAACAACGUGACCAAGAAGAAGAAGGUGGUGGAGGAGCUGGUGUUGGAGCACGUCUUCGGCUACCGAGGCUUUGACUGUCGCAACAACCUGCAUUACCUCAAUGAUGGCGCUGACAUAAUCUUCCACACCGCCGCCGCCGUGGUCAUCCAGAACCUGUCUGCCGGAACUCAGAGUUUCUAUCUGGAACACACCGAUGACAUCCUCUGUCUGACCGUCAACCAGCACCCCAAAUACCAGAACAUCAUUGCCACCGGACAGAUUGGUGACGUCACUGACCUGCCAGAGGCUGAAGUGUCCGGCCUUGCUCCUUCCAUCCAUGUGUGGGAUGCCAUGACCAAGCAGACACUGUCCAUCCUGCGUUGUUCCCAUGCUAAGGGUGUCGGCUACGUCAACUUCAGCGCUACAGGGAAGCUGCUCCUGUCUGUGGGGGUGGAGCCUGAACACACCAUCACGGUGUGGAGGUGGCAGGAAGGCACCAAGGUGACCAGUAAAGGUGGCCACGCUGAGCGGAUCUUUGUCGUGGAGUUCAGACCAGACUCUGAUACCCAGUUUGUGUCAGUGGGAAUCAAACACAUCAAGUUCUGGACUCUGGUUGGAGGUUCGCUCCUGUACAAGAAAGGAGUGAUUGGCUCGGUGGAGGACGGCCGCAUGCAGACCAUGUUGUCUGUCGCAUUUGGUGCUAAUAACCUGACCUUCACCGGUGCGAUCAAUGGAGACGUGUAUGUCUGGAGGGAGCACUUCCUGGUGCGAGUCGUGGCGAAGGCCCACAGCGGCCCGGUGUUCACCAUGUACACCACCCUGAGGGACGGACUCAUCGUUACCGGGGGCAAAGAGCGACCGACUAAAGAGGGGGGCGCUGUGAAGCUCUGGGACCAGGAGAUGAAGCGCUGCAGAGCGUUCCAGCUGGAAACUGGCCAGCCGGUGGAGAACGUCCGAUCCGUCUGCAGAGGGAAGGGUAAAAUCCUGGUGGGAACCAAAGACGGGGAGAUCAUAGAGGUUGGAGAGAAGAACGCCGCCUCCAACACCAUGAUCAAUGGACACACCCAGGGGGGGAUCUGGGGUCUAGCAACUCACCCUUUCAAAGACGUCUUCAUCUCGGCCAGCGACGACGGGACCAUCAGGAUCUGGGACCUGGCUGAUAAGAAACUCCUGAACAAGGUGAGUCUGGGUCAUCCUGCCAAGUGUACGUCCUACAGUCCCAACGGAGAAAUGGUUUCCAUCGGCAUGGAGAACGGAGAGUUCAUCGUCCUGCUGGUCAACUCGCUCACCGUGUGGGGAAAGAAGAGAGAUCGCAGCGUGGCCAUCCAGGACAUUCGGUUCAGUCCAGACAACCGCUUCUUGGCGGUGGGUUCAGUUGAAAGUGCUGUGGACUUCUACGACCUUUCCCUCGGACCAUCUCUCAAUCGGAUUGGUUACUGUAAGGACAUCCCCGGCUUCGUCAUCCAGAUUGACUUUUCUGCUGACAGCAAACACAUUCAGGUCUCCACCAGCACCUACACCCGUCAGGUCCACGAAGUUCCCUCAGGGAAGAUCGUCACGGAGCUGACCGCCAUUGAAAGGAUCACCUGGGCUUCCUGGACCAGCAUCCUUGGUGAUGAGGUUCUCGGUGUUUGGCCUCGUAACGCUGAGAAAGCCGACGUGAACUGUGCUUGUGUUUCCCACGCCGGCCUCAACCUGGUGACCGGAGAUGACUUCGGCCUCAUCAAGCUCUUUGACUUCCCGUGCAGCGACAAAUUCGCCAAACACAAGCGCUACUUCGGUCACUCUGCUCAUGUGACCAACAUUCGCUUCUCCUGUGAUGAUAAAUAUGUGAUUAGCGCCGGCGGCAGUGACUGCAGUCUGUUCGUCUGGAAAUGUCAGUGAGACCUGGAACCUCCUGGAACCUCCACCUGGAUCCUCCUCCUGUGAUGCUGCACUCUCCUGGAUCUUCAGUCCAGCUCUGAGGGACUAACCCGUCAGUUUGUUCUGCUGGUCUUCUUGUACAUUGAGAUGCGUUGGUGUGAACCCGAGGAGGUUGUGUGUGUCGUAGUCGUAGUUGUGUGUGGGGGUGUAGCUGUGUGAUGUAGCGGUGUUUCGUUGUCAGUAUGUGCCUUUUUCACAAACUCUGACCAAACAUUUCAUACGACUUUCUCUCUAAUCGUGGUGCUACGUGACGUUUAGGGCUCUACUGUGGUUGUGCGUCUCGUUGUGUGAUGAUGAUGACGAUGUAGUUUUAUUUCACUGCACUAGAGUGAAGUUAAAAAUAGAGGAAGAUGGAUCAGUGUUUGAUCCCACUAAUCAAUAACUGAAGAUCAAUAGGAAAUAGUUUGUACAAAAAAAGAUUCUACCUCAAAAUACAGCAAAGUGAAACUGAAUCAGAGUUGAUGUAUUUAAGGUAGAAGAGAGAUAUUUAAUAAAACUGUUUGUGGAUAUGACUUUUGCA